GAGAGCGCAUAGAGCGGUGCUCCCCACUUGCCCUGCUCCCACAGCAGCAUGGCAUCCGCCAAGGAGAAGACAGGGGCAAACAGCAAUGUCAUCACACGCGAGCAGCUACUGAAAGAGGAAGAGAUGUUAGCAAAAGCUCAAGCAUAUGCUAAAUUGCUCCGAAGCUGGGAGCGCGGGAAGGCAAUGGCCCUGGAGCUGGCAAAACAAGAAGACAGGUGUCUGGAAAGGGCCAGAAAGAGGGAGCAGGCAGAAAUGAAAGAGGAGGUGUACCACGCUAAUAAACAACUGAAGAUGGUUCGGCGAGCAGCUUUACGUCAUCGCCUAAGUUUUGAGCAUCUGCAGUACCAACUGGAAUUGAACCACUUGGGCAAGUCAUUCUUCACAGAGCGGCUGUGAGCACUUCUCUCAGACAAGUCCAGACCAUUAUAUGCUGGUGCUUUUUCAUACUGCGGAGAGAUUCUUCUUUCAAUGUUUAAGAAUCAAAUGCAAGCAGUGAAAGGAAGGAUUAAACAGUUUUUGUUUGAAUGGUUUGGUA